AUGGCGAACGACGAUCAAAUCGAUCGAUUGGAGGUUGGAUCGAUACGAUAUCGAUCGAGCAGGACUUCUAAUCGAUCGAUCGAAAUCGAAAUCGAUUCGAUUAAUCGAUUCGAUCAAAUCGAUUGUACGAUCGAUUUCCAAGCCUGGCCAAGAUCGAACCCAUCGACAUCAAGGCAUACGAUCGAGCCCAACAGUACGUGGAACAGCGUGCCCGUGGCGCAGGCCUCAUUCGACAUCUCUAUUGCUGCCCAGGUCCAAACCCCUACGGAAGAGGAUUGCACGACCCUCAACAAGCGGCUUCAAUGGCAGAAAGACCACCAGCAGCGAGGCCUAACGUAUAUCCCUAUUGACCUCGCCAAUGCCAAGCUUAUCGUCUUUACCGACGGUUCCUUUGCGAACAAUAAGGACCUAUCGUCACAGCUAGGCUUCGUCAUUGCCCUAGUCAAUGAGACCGAGACCGCACGUACCAAAGACCAAUUCGGGAUCAAGGGCAAUGUCCUCCAUUGGAGCUCAACGAAGUGUAAGAGGGUCACCCGAAGCGUGCUAGCAUCAGAGAUCUACGGCAUGGUCAACGGAUUCGAUAUUGGGAUAUCACUAGCAACGACGAUACGGAAGAUCACAGACCGCCUCAAUCUUCCCCCCUAUCCCCCUAAUCAUAUCAUGGCCCUACGUCAAUCCUACGAAAGGCGUGAGAUCACAGAAAUCCGCUGGAUUAACGGCGCAGACAACCCAGCAGAUGCUAUGACAAAGGCAUCGCCUAACCGCGCCCUCGAACGCCUCGUCGAUACGAAUAGCCUUACGAUUAGGAUAGAAGGAUCAGUCGAACGCCCUCCCCGCUAG